GCUGUGUUCUCUGGAGAUCUCGGUGGUGGUUUUCCGUGUUCUUCUGGGACUCUUUCAGAUGGAUCACAUUACAAUCUCUAAGUUGUGGAAGUUGUGUGUUUAAUCGGAGGAAGCAAGAUGCUGAAGGAAAAUCGCUUACAUUCUUUGGGAAUAAUGGCUGUGUGUCUGCUGCUUCUUCUGCUGAUGAUGAUGAUGAUGAUGAUGCUGUUCGGUUGCGUGAAGGCCUCGUCUCUGGAGAAGAGUCUGGUCUGGACGUCUUCAGACCCUCAGUGUGUUCAGCUGCUCAAACACCUGCAGAACGGCGUCACCGUCCAGAUGCCCCCCAGCAUCCAGGGCCACUGGGUCUCCAGCGGCUGCGAGGUGCGUCCGGGGCCCGAGUUCCUCACCCGCUCUUACCGUUUCUUCCACAACAACACGUUCGAGGCUCUUCAGUUCUACUACGCAGACAACCACUGCUCGCGGCCGAGCUACAGCCUGCAGGUUCGGGGCCGCCUGCGCCUGCGCCAGCCGUCCUGGAUCGUCCGAGGCGGCACCGAGGCCGACUAUCAGGUCCACGGCGUGCGUCUGGUGUGUCACUCGGCGUCUGCGGCCCGGGAGCUGGGCUGCGCUCCGUGGAGACCCGACGUCAGCUACGAGCUCUGGAGCGACUGCGGCCGCGCUCUCAACUUCUCCAUGCACGAGCUGCAGCUGCUGCGGCUGGAGAAGCGCUACCUGCACCGCGGCCCCGGCCCCGGCCCCGAGCUGCUGGAGGAGCUGUACCUGGGAGACAUCCACACGGAGGCGGAUCAGAGGAAGCUCUACAGACCCUCCAGCUACCAGCCGGCGCUGCAGAGCGCUCAGGACCCUCACCCGAGCUGUGACGUCUGUCGGCUGGUGUCCGGCUCCGACCCGUUCCGUCCGGCCGUUCUCCCGCCGCGGGCCGAGCUGCCGGUGGCUCUGAGCGGUCAGUGGGCGUCGCGGCGCUGCGAGGUCCGGCCCGAGGAGCUGUUCCUCACCAGACACUUGAUCUUCCAGCAGAGAGAGAGGAGCUGGGAGGGACGCUACCGUCACUUCUCUGACCCGGCCUGCAAGCACCCCACCUUCAGCCUGUUCGCCCGCGGCCACUUCAGCCCCGGCCCGCGCUCCGCUCGCGUCAUGGGCGGCACCGACUUCCUCUUCAGAGUGGACCACAUGCGGGUGACUCCGCUGGACCUGGCGACCGUGUCUCUGCUGAACGUGUUUGAUGGGGACGGCUGCGGGGUCCAGGGCUCCUGGCAGGUGGGCGUGGAGCAGGACGUCACUCCGACCAAUGGCUGCCUGGCGCUGGGGCUCCGCCUCCCUCACACCGAGUACGAGCUCUUCCGAUUGGAGCGCGACUCCGCCGGACGCCUGCUGCUGUUCAACGGCCAGCGACCCAGCGACGGGUCCAGCCCCGACCGGCCCGAGCGCCGGCCCACCUCCUACCAGACGCCGCUCGUCCAGUGCUCCGCCGCCGGGGGUCAGAGGUCAGAGGUCAGCGCCGCGCCGCGCCUCGCCAACCUGGCAACCGCGGCAGCGGCGCUCUGGAGUUUGGCGCUCGCGGGUUUCUGCGAGACGUGAAAACGAACCCAUGUUUCCCAGAAUGCACUUGAGUUUUCCGUCAGACGGAGGACGAAUGAACCUGCUGCACAACACACACUGCACUUUACACAAACCUACAUCCUGAAACACACUCAGAGGAAAAAUCACCACAAAUAUAGAUUCUGUCAUCAUUUACUCCAUAAAAUACACUUCCUACAGCCCAGGAGCGUCUUCUAGGAAGAGGUCCGUUCUCCUUUCCUGGGAAAUUAUGUAUAAAUUAUGAAUUAUUUGUAUUGUGUACUACAAAAAACAUGCUAUUUUUAUUCCUCUUUACACACACACACACACACACACACACACACAUCAUACAUAUAUAUAAUCACAUCCAAAAUAAAGUUCAGUGUAUAUUUAUGUAUAUAUAAGUAAACACACAUACAGAUUACUUUGAAAACACGUGUACUAAUAUAAUUUACAUAUAAACAUAUUUAAUUCAUAAAGUUUUAAUUCAUAAAGUCAUAAAUAUACACCGUACACAUAUACAAAA